CGAGUUACCUCAGGCUGAUCUCGUUCCGCGCGCGCCCGCGCGAGUCAACGCGCUCGGCACUCUCGGCGGACGUUAUCGCGGACUACCGCGUGGCUCGCGCCGUCGUGCUCGGCGCCAACGAUCUCCGGACGUAGUUGAGACGGAGCGGAUUCGGUGGGAGCGCGUUACGUCACGUAACAACGGGAGGACGAGCCUCGCUGGUGCCGAAAACUACGAGGUUAUUCCUCGGGCCGGGGGGUCACCGCUGCGCGCUACUCCCCGCGCCAAGUCGCGUAAGCGUAACGCGUGGCGUCGUGGCGUGGCGUGGCGGUGGCGACGACGACGACGUCUCGAGUGCGCCGCGAGGAUGUACGUGGGCCGCGCACAGGCCCGCGCGUUCGCCCGCACUUAGUCCCACGAGCAGCAGAGCGGCGGGCGGACACGUCGCCGCGAGAGAGCGUAGUCGCGGUCGCGUACUCGUCGCGCCGGCUGCUUUUUUCCCCACGACGAGCCCACGCGGGGCCUACGCGCGGGAGCAUGGACGAGGCGCCGACGGCGACGUACCUGGGCCUGGACCUGAGCACGCAGCAGCUGAAGGCGGUGGUGGUGGAUGACAAUCUGGCCGUCCUCCACGAGACCAGCGUGCAAUUCGACAAUGAUCUACCGGAAUUUAGAACUUACGGAGGGGUCAUACGGAAGAAGGAAGAGCCGAGUGUCGUGGUGGUGCCUUCUCUGAUGUGGGUUAAGGCCUUGGACAUGAUACUAGAUAAACUACGCGUCUGCGGCGUCGACUUCAGCAAAGUAGCGGCGAUUUCUGGCUGCGCGCAGCAACACGGCACGGUCUAUUGGGGCAAAGGUAGCCGGGGUCGGCUACAGCGUUUGGAUCCCAUCAAAUUUUUGCACGAGCAAUUCGCCACGUCGUUCUCCGUGACUCACUCGCCCGUAUGGAUGGACUCCAGCACGACGAAAGAGUGUUGCGUUUUGGAGGAGAUCGUGGGUGGCCCUCACAAAUUAGCGGAAAUAACGGGUUCACGGGCGUACGAGAGAUUCUCGGGACCGCAGAUAGCGAAAAUAGCACGCACGAAGCCGGAUGCCUACUGCGGCACUGAGAGGAUCUCGUUGGUGAGCAGCUUUAUCGCCUCCUUAUUCGUGGGCGAUUACGCGCCUAUCGAUUGGUCGGAUGGCUCGGGUAUGAAUCUCUUGAAUAUCCGUACGAAAGACUGGGACGAUAUGCUGUUGGAGACCUGCGCAUCAGGGCUGAGAGAAAAACUGGGUAAGCCUGUUUCGUCGUACAGCGACAUCGGUCCUGUCUCGCCUUAUUUCGUGGAAAGAUUUGGUUUCAACGAGGAAUGCAGGAUAAUCGCAUUCACGGGGGACAAUCCCGGCUCCUUAGUAGGUAUGAGGCUAAAAGAAGGUGAUAUCGCUUGCAGUUUGGGCACAAGCGAUACCCUAUUUCUGUGGUUGAACGAACCCACGACUAUAACGGACGGCCACGUGUUGUGCAAUCCAGUGGACGAGCAGACUUACAUGGCGUUACUUUGCUUCAAAAAUGGUUCCUUGACGCGCGAGAGGAUACGGAACGAUGCCGCGCAAGGUAGCUGGCAGAUAUUCAACGAGUUAUUAGAAAGUACACCACGAGGAAAUUUCGGCAAUUUUGCCUUGUAUUUCGACACGCAAGAGAUUCUACCUUUCGUCACUGGAGAUUACAGAUACAACAAGGCCAACGACGAGAUCUCUCGAUACAGUUCGAAGGAAGUGGAGGUGAGAGCGCUGAUCGAAGGUCAAUUUGUCGCAAAGAGAGCGUACGCUGAGGAUUUAGGAUUUGUCAUCGGACCUAACACUCGGAUAAUUGCAACGGGAGGCGCGUCUAUAAAUAAAGCUAUACUGCAAGUGCUGGCCGACGUGUUUAAUUCGCCAGUGUAUAUCUCUGAAGCAGCUAAUUCGGCUAUGAUGGGCGCGGCCUAUCAAGCGAAACAUGGUUUACUGAGAAAUAAUUACAGCUUCGAUGAAAUUACACGCUGCUUGCCAGACUUAACGUUGGUAUGCCAGCCUUACGAUGACGCUGAAUCGAUUUACAAACCCAUGACUGCGCGCUAUCGCAAAAUUAUGGAUCAGAUAUUGAAGAAGAGGAGCGAACAGAAGCACAUGUAAAUCUUGUAUAUACAUAUAACAAAAUGUUUGAAAACGGGCCUCUCACGCGCGAUGUUUUUCAAGGCAAGUAUAAAGUGAUAGAUUGAGCUUUUUGAAAGAAUUUUUCUAUACAUCUUUUUAAAUUAUUUAGAAUAUUGAAACUUUGUACAAUGUACAUUAUAUUGUAUUUUAAACAAGCUCUUAAUGGACGGGUGAGAAUCUCUCGUACAAUAUUUUGUACGAAUAUGUAAAAAAUUGUCGUACCUUCUCAGCUUUAAUUGUAAAUAAUUGUGCGUUAAAAUUUUUU